AUGGCGAAGCUCUACACUGCGCAGCACGUGGCCAAGGCGCGGCUGGGGCCCCUGCACCUGAUGCUGCUGGUGGCCGUGGGGUGCCUGGCCGGUGGCUACCUCAUCGGCAUGACUUCCAGCCUGCCGUGGAAGAAAACCAGCAAGAGGGGCCGCCGCGCGGUGCCGGCGGGCAACGCGAGCCUGGUGUGGCAGGGGGAGGGGUACGCGCCGUCCAGGCACAAGUGCGAGGACUCGUGUGCGGGCUUCACGCGCAACGGCGUGUGCAACGAGGGGCGGGCCACGGUGCAGAAUGCCUGGAGCAGGCAGCGGGUGGAGCAGGACCCCGCCAACGCCGCGCUGGAGGUGCUCUGCGAUCUGGGCACAGACUGCGGCGACUGCGGGCCGUGGCUGCACACCGCCACGGACGCGGCGCUCAAGUGGCGGCCCAUCAAAGAGAUCCGAGCGGCGAGCAGCAACUUCAGCGUCUUUGUGCGGCAGACCGUCACGCCCCGCCCCUUCUUCAUCGCCUACACCGACCCCCAGAAGGACGUGGAUGUGUCGGCCUACAUCCACAACCACGCCCUCUUCGAGCACGGCUUCACCUGGAUCUGGCACAACCUCCUGAAGGGCGAGUGCAUCGACCAGGAGGACCAGCGGCGGCUGGUGGUGGACGUGGGGGCCAACUUUGGCUACUACUCGCUGCUGGCGGCUUCCAUGGGCUGCCGGGUGGUGGCCUGGGAGCCAGUUCCCCACUUUGCCGCCUACUUCAAGUAUGCGCUGCUGCGCAACAACAUGACGCGAGCGGUGGAGCUGCGGGACGGCAUUGUCAGCAACAGCAGCGGCACACCGCGCACCAUCCUGGCCCCGCAGCGCGGCAUCUGGGGCACCGCCGGCAUCGACGGCAAGAACCUGGACCAGGCCAUCGAUAACGAAGGCGCGUAUGUCAACGUCACCAAGGCGACAGAGCGGGUGGAUGAGGUGGUGAAGGAGGAUGUGCUCAUCAUGAAGGUGGAUGUGGAAGGCUUCGAGCCCAGCAUCCUGCGCGGCACGAGAGGCCUGCUGCUCCAGCACGAGGUGAAGCACAUUUUCAUGGAGUACUCACCAGGAGUGGCAGGCAACCUGGUACGUGCCAACUACACCAUCCUGCACCUGGAGUAUGAGUUCCGCGACAAGUGGCCCGAGUGGGAGGGCAAGAAGGAGUUGCCGGCCAUGGAGGAGGUGACUCAGGCCGGGCUGGUGGCAGAUAUAGAGGAUGCGUGGCGGCUGCAGGAGCACACCCUGGGUUGCCCCAUGCCACAGGAGCUGCAGGGCUCCAAGCCACCCAUCUUUAGCUGCGGCGCGCUGCCCGAGGGCCUGGAUCCCCACAGCUUCCGGUCCACCUUUGGGCACAACACCAACCUGUGGGCCUUCAAGCGGCAGCCCUGGUUUGCAAAGAUCGGCAGCGCCGCGGCCCUGGUUCCACCCACUUACGAUGUCCGGCACAAGUUCUUUGUGAAGGGAGGGGAGAAGGGCGCUGCGCGGCGACCCUGCCUGCAGCUGCAGCCCGACGUGCAGGUUGCCCACCGCUGCCCCUGCACCGACAAGGAUGUGUGUGGGGAGCUGGAGCAGCGGGUGAAGGAGCUGGCCAAGGAGGGCAAGAUGCCGCCCUUCCCGCUGGAGGGGCGUGCCGUGGAGCCAGACAAGAUGGGCAUAGAGACGUGGCAAUGA